GUUCGUUUCUACUUCCAGGUAGUUUAUCUAUCUAGGUAGGUAAGCAUUAAUGAUACUCUAUCAAGCCCACGAUGGAGGGUCGUCCUCAGACCAAAGAACUGUUGCCGAUAGUUUUACUACGGAUGACCUCUAGCUUGCCUUCUAGGCAACAUGACUAAGGCCAUCACAAUUGCAUUGUUUUUACCGAUGAUAUAGAUAAAUAAAAAAGGCGUUAACCACCAUAUUCUUCUUCCUGAUCCGUGACAACCCCAAAAUAUUCAAGCCCCUGUAAGCAAGACAUACGUUUCCAUCUAGUUCGUAGGCGACGAUCCGACGCGAAUAUCUGUCCCUUAAUAAUAGCUGGCGGUCAGAUUGCUUUGGUGUGAGCUCCUUAGAUGCCCUAGGGGAAGGCCCUACAGCAAUUAUGUCGAAAUUCUCCCUUAUUUGUAGAUUCUACUAAACAACAGAGUUUCGUGGCCCCUUUUACCCCUAUUCCCUGCAUGACUCGGUGCUUAGUCAGUAGUCUGCCACGUGGUACCGAAUUCAACCGGCUCACCACCCGAGCCGAAUGCUUCCUUCCUUUCCAUUUAACACAUGUCUACCUCCAAUACAACUCUUAUAAUGCAAUUCAUAAUAUCAUCGAAACCAUCGAAUUAUCAAAGCGUAUAAAUUCCCUCUCAUCGGUAUCGCAUCGGAUUUAAGCACAAUGGCGGACUCUCCCGGGCCCCAGCCCUUCGUCCUAAUAGUAAGCCAUGCCCUAACCGGACACCUAGCCCCGAUGCUCCGGAUCGCAGCCUCCCUCUGCCAACUCGGGUGGGACAUUUCCUUCCUCGGACCAACUGCGCACCGCCACCGCGUCGAGGCCGCAGGCGCGACAUUUUUCCCUUUGCGCGACACCGCCGAUAUCGACGACAAGGCGUAUUACGAGAACCCCCCUGUUGAAGGAUACACUUCACUGCACUGGGGCGAGCGUGUGAUGAUUGAUUUACGCGUACAGUGCCUUGAUCCGUUACCGGUGCAAUGGUCCUAUUUCACGGAUGCCUUGGUGUCUUUACAUUCUCGCGACCCAUCGCGCGGCGUUGUGUUACUCGCCGAGGCGUUCUUUUAUGGUGCUUUGCCCCUAUUCUACGGCGCAUCUUUACCAAACGGUCUGAAGGUGGAAGAUGUAUUGCUAGGCUCAGCAUGUGUAUCGGUAACGGUCCCCGCAAUCCGAAGUAUCGACUUGCCGCCAGUGGGUUAUCCUUUCUCCUUCGAUCCAUCAAUCGAGGGUCGUGCGCGGAACGCGAAGUUAUGGGAGAGAAGUUGGACACCCAAGGCGCGCAAUCUAACAGCACUGUUAGACACCAAGAUGCGGGAGGCUGGCGCAAGUCGCACCGUCAACGAAGUUUUUCUCUCGGGAGCAAAUUACAAAUGCUACGAGACCAUCUUUCAACUCGGAGUUCCCGGCUUUGAGUACCCUCGCAGCGACUGGCCUUCGGGAUUCAAGUUCGCGGGUCUUGUUCAGGGACCACCCAAGUCUGCACCUCAAGCACCGCCUAAAGACCCUGAUUUUCCUUGGUGGCCUGAGAUAGUCGCUAAUUCUUCCCUCCCACCAACAAAGCGGAAGAAAAUAAUUCUCGUCGCGCAAGGAACCGUAGAAAUUGACCCUCAUGAUUUGAUAAUCCCUACGUUGCGCGCGUUCGCAGAUAAAGCCGACAGUGUUCUCAUCAUCGCGAUUCUCGGCUGGAAAGACGCAUACUUGUCACCGGAGCUCUAUGGGAGCGACGAAGUCCCCACUAAUGCCCGUAUCGCCGAUUAUUUAUCCUACGAUGCUGCGCUAGCGCAUGCCGAUGUUUGGGUUCACAACGCGGGCUUCGGCGCUGUGAACCACGGUAUCGCAAACGGAGUACCGAUGGUCGUUGCAGGCGAGGGUAUGGAUAAAACGGAGAACUCGCGACGCGUAGCAUGGUCUGGUACUGGUGUCGAUCUCGGAUGUGCUAGGCCCUCGGUUGAGCAAGUGAGGGAGGGCAUCGAACGUGUGCUGCAAGAUGAACAAUUCGCAAGGCGCGUACAGGAAUUGCGGAAGGAAAGCCAAGAAAUAGGCUGUUUUAGCAUGAUUCAUGAUGAAUUGCUAAAGUUAGCAGAAACGAAGCCCGGAAUUAAGCAACGAGGCUAGAGGUUUCGGUGAAAAUAGAAA